AAUCUCUCUUCGCCCUGACAAAAGAAACAGAAAAAGACUUUUACUUGUUUCGCAGGCUUCCAUUAUUUGUUUUUAGGGUAUCGUGUUUGCGUUUACAAACUGCAAAAUCCCGUUUCUGUCUUCCUUCCAGAGAGUAGUUGAAAGUAACAAGUUCUCAAUGGCUGCUAAGAGUUCAUUCAAGUUGGAGCAUCCUCUUGAAAGGAGACAGGCUGAAGCUUCUCGCAUCAGGGAGAAGUAUCCUGAUAGAAUUCCAGUGAUAGUGGAGAAGGCUGAGAGGAGUGACAUACCUGACAUUGACAAGAAGAAAUAUCUCGUUCCUGCCGAUUUGACUGUUGGGCAGUUUGUCUAUGUGGUGAGGAAGAGGAUUAGGUUGAGCGCUGAGAAGGCAAUUUUCAUCUUUGUCAAGAAUAUCUUACCACCAACUGCUACCAUGAUGUCUGCCAUCUAUGAGGAGAACAAGGAUGAAGAUGGCUUCCUUUACAUGACUUACAGUGGCGAGAAUACAUUUGGGCUUCUUUGAAAGCUGCAGCUCCACUAAUCCCCCGUGUAAAUGAAGACCGAUGAAGCAAGUUCCCUUAAGAAAAUAAAUAGAAAUGACAUUGUAAAUUCUCCCACACCCCCAUCCCGCUACUUUGGUUCCUCUUCAGACCUUUGUGAGGCUGAUGGCUUAUGGCUUUAUUAUUAGUUUGGAUAACAGACCAAGUUUCUGCUUAUUAGUCGUUUAUUCGUACUGAAGUAGUUGUUUGAAUUGUUACCUGACUUAUUAUGAGCAAUGACCAGGUUGAUUUUAGUGAUUUGUAUUUUUCUGUCA